AUGUCUAAGAUGUUCCAAAGACUGAAUACAACAAAAGAAGUUUUCAGCUUCGAAAUUUACGUUCACCACAUCAUUAUCGCUCUCCCACAUGAAACCCACUUAAAAAUCAUCUGGAAAAAAAGUAAUUUUCAUAUAGAAGAUAUCACGUCUGAAACAAAAGUUUUCACAGUCACCCCUGAGGAAAAAAAAGCAGCCAUCAACGAACAAUUGCUUAUGCCUGUGAAUACCUUGUUUAAAAAGAAAGGGACAGGAGCUUAUAACUCUAAAGAGGCAGAAUUGAAAAUAAUUGGCGAAGCAAAUGGAAAGUACUUUGAAGCUGGAAAAGUGUUGUUGAACUUAGCUGAUUAUAUUGGCUCAUCAAUAAGAGAAUCAAAUUACCCAAUACAAAAAUCAAAGGACAAAGAAGCUGAAGUCUGCCUUUCUAUAAAAGCUCAACCCUUGGAAAACCAAAACAUAGCAGCUGAAGCAGAAGUUGAGGAUAAAAAAGACCAAAAAAUAGACGAUAAGAUUGAAGAAAAAGAUGAGGAAUCUAAAGGAGAAGAAUCGCCACUUUAUGGACAUACAAUUGAAGAACUCCAGCAGUAUAAAGAAAAACUUGAAAAAAAUUUAGCCAAAAUUGAAGAAGCUAAGAGGGAAAAUCAAGAACUUAAAGAAAAAUUGGGAGAAAUAGAAAGCAAAAAUAACAACAGUCAGGAAGAAUUAGAAGAAAAGCUUGCGAAGACAAAGAAAAAGUGCAAAGAACUGAAAUCGGGGGUAGGCCAAUUAAAAGAUACAAAAGAAGAGCUUGAAGCUUUUAUUUCAAAAGAAAAAAUUGAAAUGUAAAUGCAAAUUAGUGAAAAAAUCAAAGAGGAAAAUGAAGAAAAAUCCAGAGAAAACGAUGAUAUAGCCCAAUUAGAAUCAAAACUCCAAAAAGUUGAACAAGAAGUAAACAAGCUUAAAGAAAGCGUGUCAACCAAAGGAGAAAUUCUGCAAUCACUUGAAACAAGCUAUAAAAUGCUUGUUGAAAGAAAGUAAUUAUAACAUAGUGAAACUCUUGCAAAAGAACUUUUCCGCUUGCAAAAGCUAGAAGAAGAAUACAACGAUAAAGAGCCUGGCGAAGAAGAAAGCCAAGCAAAGCUUGAAGAACAAAUAAAUGGUCUUAAUGAAAGAAUGCAAAACUUACUAAGAAGGCACUCUGAAAAGAGAUAA